AGAGUGUGCACCCCACAUCUCUUGUAACUCUUCUGUCCCUACUAAAAAGACAGUCUCAAAUUUGAACACUCUAAAGGACCGUCAUCCACCCUGUGACUCCUGGGCCCGAAUGCACAUUGCAUCCUUGCAGUAUGCAGCAGGAGACAUUACCCGAAAAGGAAGAAAAAAAGACAAAGCUGGAGUGAGUGAACUGCUCCAAGGUCUUGCAUUUUCUGAUGACUCAGAAGUGGAGGAAGAUGAGCCUGAGGCUCAGCCUCAAAAGAAGCUAAAGGUGUCAAGUGUCCCAGAAAAAAGUUGGACCAAAAGAGACAUUAAGCCGAACUUUCCCAGCUGGUCAGCACUGGAUUCUGGACUUUUAAAUCUCAAGAGUGAAAAGUUGAACCCAGUAGAACUCUUUGAAUUGUUUUUUGAUGAUGAAACAUUCAACUUGAUUGUCAAUGAAACCAUUAAUUAUGCUUCUCAGAAAAAUGUUAACUUAGAAGUCACAGUUCAGGAAAUGAGGUGUGUAUUUGGUGUCCUGCUAUGGAGUGGAUUUGUAAGGCGUCCCAGAAGGGGGAUGUACUGGGAAAUCUCUGAUGCUGAUCAGAACCUGGUUCGAGAUGCAAUUAGAAGGGACAGAUUUGAGUUGAUUUUCUCAUACCUGCAUUUUGCAGAUAAUAGCCACCUAGAUCAAAAAGAUAAAUUUUCAAAAUUGAGACCUCUCAUAAAGCAAAUGAAUAAAAAUUUCCUCUUGUAUGCUCCCCUAGAAGAAUAAAAAAAAA